CCAAAAUGGACAAAUCUCAAGAAAAUAAGAAAUGUUUCUGUGCGAGAUGUUUCUUGCCAAUUGAAUCUGAAGAUAAAGUGGAUAUUGAUGGUCAAAAUUUUCAUAGAAUUUGCAGCAUGUGUUGUAUUUGCCGAACAAUUCCAACCUCGUUGAAAAUGUUCUAUGGUCAUGUGUUCUGCAUCGAUUGCUUCAAGACUCAUGUGAUGACAAGAUUCAAGGGAGAGAGUCCUCGUCUUCAGUCUAAUAGUUGGUGGAUGAAAUGGGGACCUGGUGCUGUGCCUCAAGAAAAUAAUAAUAUGGGUAAAGAGUCUGAAAACCCAUCGGGGGAACAUGUCAAACGUCAUAUUUGCGCGCGCUGCCUCCAACCAGUGGAUGAGACUCACCGUGUAAAGAUUGGUGACCAAAGCUUUCACGCACAAUGUGGCCAAUGCUACUUCUGCCAUAAAGUACCUUCAGCGAGUCCAAAAAUUUACUAUGGCCAAGUGUUUUGCGAGGAAUGCUUCCAUCGUCACGUCCUCAGUCGUGAUAAAGAUAACCCAUCUGAAUUUUUUAAGACUUGUUUUGAUCAAUGGCAAAACAGUGCGCAGUUUGCGGAAAAUAUGAGGGAAUUUAUGAGCAACAACAGGGAGACUUCACCGUUCAUAUUCAUGAUGCAGGGCCACCAGGCGCCGUUCUGCAGAUGCGGCUACAACGGGCCACAGGAUUUUUUCCAAAAAAAUGUUACAGCUGCGACACUGGCCACGAUCUCUUGCGGUGAUAAUUCCCAAAGCUGGGAAUUAUCCUUUGAAAAUCGCACGGAAGUCUCCAUACCUGAAUCGAUUGAAGAAUCAGCAUAUCAAGAAAAUUUUAAUAUGGCCGCAGCUGAAAAAAUUGAAAAGCUCACAAAAUAUUUACACGAAAAAGUUGAACUACGAAACUUUGACAAAAAAUGGAAAUUUUUUGAAAAUAAAUCUUCAGUUGAUGAUUAUUCCUUUUGUGGUUGGGUAGAUUUGCAUGGAAAAUCUAAAAAUAAUCUAGAUUGUCCUAAAUGUUUGUGGCAAAGUGGUCCUAUUUAUGUAAACAGUGAAUAUAUAGAUAAUAUGAUGAUCAAAUAAAUGUGAUGUAAUCCAGA